AUGAAAUUGUCCUGUAUUUACAUUUUGAAUCUGUUACUAAACGUAUGUCUAGCGACUUCCAUUAAAGGUAAGUUCGAGUUCUCUUUGGGUAACCUAACCAAAAACGCAAUUAGAAGAACUUCUUUCAGUUUAUAUCAAAUUGGUAAUUAUAGUACACAAGACCCUUAUAAAGCUACGACACAUUUACUUGAUUUGGAUGGUAAUUUCAAAUUCGAUGAUUUACCAAUAAAUAAAGGUAUUAAUGAAACUACAUAUUUCGUAUUAUCAUCUAGUUCAUUAGACUAUAAUCUAUACCCCAAUAGAAUUUUAGUGGAAUUUAUACAAUUAGAAAAUGGUACUUCACAAAUGAGUGGUUUUAAAAAUUAUUUCGGUAGAGAAUAUUUCCCAUCAAAGGAUAUUAUCCAUGCUGAUAAAUUGGAGCAAAUCACUACCGAGCCUCAUUUGACUAUUUCUGUGAUACAGAAAGCACCAUUCAGAGCAUACUUCCAGACUAGAAACUCAGGUAUCAUGAAUGAUAACGGGAUCGUUGGAAGUAUAUUAAACUCCCGUUGGAAGCUUGCAGGUGUAAUUACUAUCAUCUGUGUUUUUGCUUUCCCAAUGUUCAUAGAUAAGAUUGAUCCAGAGAGUGCGAUAAUAAUGAGAGAAGAAGCACUUAAGAAGAAGAAAGAACAGUAUGCAAAUUGA